AUGGCGAAAUAUAUUAAGUACGGAAUUUCUGCAACAAUAAUGUUUGGUAUUGUCACAUAUGGUUCAUACAAAUACCACUAGAUUAGAUCAUUUGAAGAAGAAUAUUAUAAAAAUUCGAAUAGAAAAAGAUAGUUUUUGUUUAAUAUACACUAAAACCUCGCUAUUUUAUAUGAUAAAUCAGUGGAUUCCUACGAAGAUCUUUCAAAAAUAAAUUAAUACCGCAAGAUUCUUCUUUCUUAUGCCUAAGGUUUUGUAUUAGAAACAGCUAUUGGAACUUCUAGAAACUUAAAAUUCUAUCCUCCUGGUGUCAAAGUGUUAGGAAUAGAUUGGAGUUCUAAUAUGUUAGAAGCAGCUAUGCAAAAAAGUGUAAAUCACAUCUCUUACUCUUAUAAAAUAGAUGAUACUGAAAAUUUAACAUUUAAAGAUAAUGUAUUUGAUACUGUCGUUGAUACUUUUGGAUUAGAAUAUUAUGUAAAUCCUGAUAAAGCACUUAAAGAAAUGAAGAGAGUAUGCAAAAAAGAUGGGCUAAUUUUAAUUCUUGCAAGUGGUUAGAGUUUAUACUAAGGACUUAAUUUCUUUUUGAACUAUAAAACUCCCUAUACCGUUUGCAAUUAUGGAUUCUUUCCCAACAGAAACUGGGAAGAAUUCAUCAAAGAAGAAGAUUUUGAAAUACUUAAAAAGGAAAGAAAAAUAAAUGGAACUGUAUAUAUGUAUGUCUUAAGAAAUAAAAAAUGA